AUGGAUCACCAAACUAUCGCUCCAUUCGAGAUGCAUAAAGUAUGCCGAUUGUGUUUGCAGCAACUUCAACCCGGUUCCCUGGUGGAUCUGUUCACCCCCAACUUUUCCAUCCGUCCGUCGGAGAUGAUUGCUCGGUGCGCUUCGGUUGAAAUCUACGAAAAAGACGGCCUACCGGGUGCAAUCUGCAAUGACUGUUUCUAUAAGUUGGGCAUUGCAUUCGAGUUCCGGAAUCGGUGCGAAAGUUCCGAUCAAAAGCUACGGAGUUACGUGCGAGAACAGCACGAUGGCUGUCGGCCGGUCUCGUCGGUGGUGCCCGCAGUGGCCAAAGAUGACGAGAUUUACGCUGCCAUGAGUGAGAUUUUCGGCGACGAGGAGGAACCGAUUGGAAGUAAAAGCUUGGAAGUGCUUUCCGAGUGCAAAUCCGAUGUGCUUCUCGAAACUACAAAGACUCACAGGAAUGCCAAAAAAGUGGAACCGAUGAAAAAGCGAGCCCAGCUGGAUGAGCUGUUGGUGAAGCAUAGAGCAAAACUGAAGGAAGAAGGCAGACAAGUGAAUAUCUUCCGACAAAAGAAAUCUUCGAAAAAGACUGAACAAAAAGAUUCUAAAAGAGGAACGCUGCUAAAAGAACCGGAACAUUGUGUCACCUGUGGUAAAACAUUCAAUUACAGUGGAUAUCUGCUUGCACAUCAGAGGAUUCACACGGGGGAGAAGCCAUUUGUGUGUCAGAUUUGUAAUCGUCGGUUUGCUCAAUCAGGAAAUUUGCAGUUACAUCUACGGAUUCACAAUAACGAGCGCAAGUUUCAGUGUGAGAUAUGCAGUAAGCUUUUCAGGACAUCCAGCAAUCUGCAUGCCCACAGGAAGACACACUCGGAGGAAAGGAAUUUUCCCUGCUCGCUAUGUGAGCGAGCUUUUCGAACGGCUCAGGAGCUUAAAAACCACUCAGAGACACACAACGCGAUCAAAAGUUAUGUUUGUCAGCUCUGUGAUGAUCGUAAGGCAUUUCAAAAGCAAUCAUAUCUGAAUAGCCAUGUCAAAACAGUUCACAUUGGUGUUAAACGACAUCGUUGCCAGGAUUGCGGUAAAAUUUUCUCCAACAGUUCCAACCUGAUUGCCCACCGGAGGGUGCACAGCGGCGAUAGACCUUACAAUUGCAAAGAGUGUGAUGCAAAGUUUACCCAAUCCCCGGCUCUACUGAGACACAUCAAAGCCAAGCACCGACCAAAGCCAGCAGAACCUGUCAUACAGGAGGAAAUCACAGACGAAGUGCUGGAACCAUCCGUUGAUGUAGAUGAGAAUGCUUCCUUGGAUAGCGCUACCAGUUCUGAACUAUCCGUUGCCACUUCGUUGAUUGAGAACCAUUCCGGCUACAAUAUGCCCUAUAUGCCGACGUACGUGCCAUCACAACCGCAACAUCUGCAACACCAAAUGCCACCUAGUCAUCACCAUUUGGCUUCGUCUUCCGCCAUGCAGAUGCCUCCAACGGCCUCCGGUGGUAACAUGUAUGCCUCAUCCGAUCCCUAUCAGUAUCCUGCUGCGGCAAACCCAUCAGCUAUGCAAGCCCAUCACUAUCCGACGCAGCAGCAUUUGGAUGUUGGCGGAGGCUACGACAUGUGUUACACUAUGCCCGCCCAUACGGUGCUUAAUCCAAGCCUGAUGAAUUCGCAACCGACUUACAUCUUCGAUCAAUAAAAAAAAAAAAGAUUUCAGAUCGUGGUAGUUUCCUGUAGUCCUCCUCUGGUACCUGAUCCAUCUGCUCCUUAUGUUAGAAGGGGUCUGGUACGUUUGGCAUAAGGCCGUUUGGCAUAAGGACAUUUGGCAUAAGGACGUUUGGCAUAAAAGACAUUUGGCAUAAAAGACGCUUGGCAUGAAGGACGUUUGGCAUAAAGAAUAUGUGAAAUAUAUUUUCCCUCUGGAGAAAAAUUAAAGAACAACCUUCAACGGAAAGAAGGCAAACUUGA